CGCAACCGUCACUGUGUAACGUGUUUUUGUUAUUUCUACCUGACAUUCAAUUCAGCACCGAGCUGCCAUUCUUCCUUCCGAACAAUAAAGUCGUUAUCGUUCCUUUCUAUGGGUUCUGGGUUUUUCUUAUUCCCACAAAAUUCCAAACCUUUCCAUCCGGGUUCCCCAAAUUCCUUCCCAUUCCUUCCCUUAAGAUUCUUGCUAUUCGAGUUGUACCUUCUUCCAUUUUGCUCUAUUGUUGUUCCUGUCCUCUUCCUGAGAACGCCUUUCAUUUGCUUUUGGAGUUGAUAUUGAAUUGGUGCUUCUUUUGAUGGUCAUGUUUGAUUAACUUGAAAUUCCAAUUUGAAAUUUCAUUCUUGGUCAAUCCUGUAGCACCCCCCACCUCUUUCGAAAAUUUCAGUCGGUGACUGGAGUUUGUACAUUUGAGAACAUGCUGAAAAAAUGCACAUUCUUGCUAUGGAGUCGGUUUGAUUGUCGAUUACAUCGUGUAGAGUUUCUCUAGUUCAUGCUAGAAUCUAUUGGGGGAGCUUAUGUAAUUUACAUGAUCGGACAAUUCUGUUUUGGAUUCAUUGCUUAAUUCAUAACAAGAAUUGCUUAACUGGCUUUCAUGGCGGGUUCCGAAGCAAACCCUAUGGUGGUUUCCGGAGCUUCUGGUUCUCGUGGGGUUGAGGAGACGUCUCCUGACUUGUUGAAGAAUACACCAUCAAACAUUGCGAGAUUGGAAGAUUUGAUUGAGCACUCUAAGGGUAGGCAGAAGUAUCUUGCGCAGACGAGGAGUCCUUCGGAUGGGGGCGAUGUUAGGUGGUAUUUUUGCAAGGUGCCCUUGGCAGAGAAUGAACUAGCUGCCUCAGUCCCUCGCACCGAGAUUGUGGGAAAGAGCGACUAUUUUCGAUUUGGGAUGAGAGAUUCUCUUGCAAUAGAAGCAUCUUUCUUGCAGAGAGAGGAAGAUUUGCUCUCCAGUUGGUGGAAGGAAUAUGCAGAGUGUAGUGAAGGUCCAAUUAGACGACCAAGUUCCAGUAAGAUGGUAGAUAAGCAACUAGGUGAAUCUUCUUCAGAAGGUGCUCGAUCAGCCCAACUAUAUGAAGCUGAAGAGGAGAGAGUUGGUGUCCCCGUAAAGGGAGGACUCUAUGAGGUAGAUUUAGUGAGGAGACAUUGUUUCCCUGUUUAUUGGAGUGGAGAAAAUCGGCGUGUUUUAAGAGGUCAUUGGUUUGCACGUAAAGGGGGACUCGAUUGGCUUCCCCUUCGUGAAGAUGUUGCUGAACAACUAGAGAUUGCAUAUCGUAGCCAGGUUUGGCACCGAAGAACAUUUCAACCGUCAGGACUUUUUGCAGCUCGAGUUGAGCUGCAAGGAUCUAUGCCAGGGUUGCAUGCACUUUUUACUGGAGAAGAUGAUACUUGGGAGGCUUGGCUCAAUGUUGAUGCUUCUGGUUUUUCUAGUGUUAUUGGUUUAGGUAGAAAUGGAAUUAAGUUAAGGCGCGGCUAUUCCACAUCUCACUCACCAAAGCCCACACAGGAUGAAUUACGUCAGCAAAAGGAGGAGGAAAUGGAUGAUUACUGUUCACAGGUACCUGUGCGACACCUAGUUUUUAUGGUUCAUGGUAUUGGUCAAAGGUUGGAGAAGUCUAAUUUGGUUGAUGAUGUUAGCAAUUUUCGCAAUAUCACAGAAAGUCUCUCUGAACGGCAUCUUACUUCUCACCAACGUGGCACUCAAAGAGUCAUUUUUAUCCCAUGCCAGUGGAGAAAGGGCUUGAAGCUUAGUGGUGAAACUACCGUUGAAAAAAUUACUCUAGAUGGAGUACGAGGUCUGCGUGUCACGUUGAGCGCAACUGUUCAUGAUGUAUUAUACUACAUGAGCCCCAUCUAUUGUCAGGAUAUUAUCAACUCGGUGUCCAACCAAUUAAAUCGGUUGUAUUUGAGGUUUCUGAAGAGGAAUCCGGGUUAUGACGGAAAGGUUUCCAUAUACGGACAUUCUUUGGGAAGUGUCCUCUCCUAUGAUAUUCUCUGCCAUCAGGAGAACUUAUCUUCCCCAUUUCCAAUGGAUUGGAUGUACAAAGAACACAAUAGAAAUGAAGAAUCAUCUCCUGAUAUGAACAACCAGUCUUCUCCAAGCGACUAUUUGACCAAGCAGGAGGAUAAAAACUUCACAGUAAUUAAUGAAACUCAGGACAAGGUGGGUCACUUUGAAGACAAGUUCAGCGCACGAACAGCUCUUUUGGUAAAAGAGGAAGGAGAUUCUGAAGAUUUUUCCACAAUUGUGGGUCCUGUCACUUCAAAUUUAGAUGAAUGUACCAAGGCUACGGACUCCAACCAACAAAGUGGUCAGAAAGAUUUUGAUGAACUGCCUUGUGAUUCUAGUGACAUACUUUCUCCAAAAAGGGAAGGCUUCGGUGAAACUACAGACAUGAGUUCUGAACUCUUAAUUGAUGACUUGGAGAAAAAGGCCAAGGAAGUGUGUGAAGAUACAAGUAAUGAAGAUAAAACAAUCAAAUUGUUGAGGCAAGAGAUUGAUUCCCUAAAGACCAAGAUAGUAAAAUUGGAAAAGCAGUGCGGAGGUGGAGAUAGGAGUUUGCAUCAAGGAAAUAUGGAGGUUCCUGCAACUAUUGCAAAGCCCCCCAUACAUGAGAAGCAGCUACCUGGGCAAGAUGAUGCGCCAAGGAAUUAUACUCCAUACAUUAAGUAUACGAAGCUUGAAUUUGAGGUUGACACAUUCUUUGCAGUUGGAUCACCUCUUGGAGUAUUCCUUGCACUUCGUAAUAUUCGCAUUGGGAUUGGAAAAGGAAAGAACUAUUGGGAAGAAGAAAAUAUAAGUGAAGAGAUGCCUGCAUGUAGGCAAAUGUUUAAUAUUUUUCACCCGUUUGAUCCUGUGGCAUACAGAAUAGAACCACUUGUCUGUAAAGAAUACAUCGGUAAGCGCCCUGUUCUUAUACCCUAUCACAAGGGUGGAAGGCGAUUGCAUAUUGGAUUUCAGGAAUUUACUGAAGAUUUUGCAGCUCGUACCCAGUCACUAAUGGAUCACAUGCACUCUGUAAGGGUCAAAGUGCUCACGGUUUGCCAAUCCAGAAAUGCAGAUAGCGCAGAAGAGUCGGGAGGGGAUUCCCAAGAAAAAGAAGAGAGAUCAUACGGUUCUCUUAUGAUGGAGAGAUUAACUGGAAGUGAAGAAGGACAUAUUGAUCACAUGCUUCAAGAUAAAACAUUUGAGCAUCCAUACUUACAAGCCCUUGGAUCACAUACUAACUAUUGGAGGGAUUCUGAUACUGCACUUUUCAUAUUAAAACACUUGUAUCGAGAUAUACCUGAAGACCCUAACUCAUCAGAGGAAUCCAGUGCAACCAACUCAAAAGAAGAAAGUGGUUCCACAGGCUGGUGUGAUCAGCGAGAGACUGUUGAUGAAGAGCUUCCUUUGACAUUCUCCGACAAUAUUAUGGUUAAAAAUUUUUCAAGGAAAGCCAAGAAGAUUUUUAAGAAGCGCCGAUGAUGGUGGUAUGCAUAGUACUUCUCGCUACAUCAUGCCUAUAAAUGCAAGUACAACUGGUGGAAAUUGAAGCCAUUUUUGCUAUUAUCUUAUCACUGCAUUCUGGGCCAAAUUACAAAUUAUUUCAUAUACUUUGCAUUGCAUGAAGUUCAAAUUUAUUAUAUGCCAUAUGGUGAUGGGAAUGCAAGAAUCAGUACUCAGAGGUACAUUGGAAAGGAUAUAUGCCUGUGAAUAUGGACGGAGGUACAUAAGGCUCUCCCUUGAAAGGAAGGAAGGGGGAGAGAGUGAGAGAGAGGGCCAGUUGUGCUAUGUGGUAGAGUUACUGUUAGUUAAAUGGCAGAGCGAUUUCUCUGUGUACCUUAAAGGAAAUAUGGUGGCACACUUGCUGGUCAAUGAAACUAAUCCUUGUGGGAUUUAUAUAUGUCAAUUGAUGGAAGUAUAUAACGAGUCAUGUGGUGUUUUUCAAUCAAUAUUUAUAUGGACAGGUUUAAAUGA